AGUUUAGUCCAAACCAUAAUAAAUCCAGAAGGAUUGUCUCCUUUCCCUUCCCUACAGACACAGACAAAUAUCCCAUAAAAGGGGAAACUUCAAGUCCAGGUCUUCCUUUUCUGGAAUCGCCUCAUCUUCCUUCCCCCUUUUCAGUUUUCCUUAAUAAAAAAAGGAAAAAUCCAACAUGUUCUACAGAGGUAAAUUUACUGAUGGUGCUGAUGGGCGUGAAAUGGGUGCAAAACGUCAGCGGAUGAUCGAUCAAGGCCCUUUAUUCUAUGGUCAUUCGCCGGGUUCAAGCUUUAUGUACACUGCCCCUCCACCUCACUCGUAUGUUAGCCAACCUUCACCGUUCCCUGUUGUUCGACUUCGUGGUCUUCCCUUUGAUUGCACAGAGGCUGAUAUGGUUGAGUUCUUCCAUGGUCUGGACAUAGUUGAUGUCCUGUUUGUCCAUAGAAACGGCAAGUUCACGGGUGAGGGUUUUUGCGUUUUGGGUUAUCCUCUUCAGGUUGAUUUCGCCCUCCAGAAGAAUAGGCAAAACAUGGGCAGGAGAUAUGUAGAGGUUUUCAGAAGCAAGAGACAGGAAUAUUAUAGGGCAAUAGCUAAUGAAGUGGCUGAUGCUCGCGUCAGUUCGCCUCGCAGAAAUGCCCCGAGGGCCAAAUCUAGUGAUGAAGCGAAGGAACCUGCUGAACAUACAGGGAUAUUGAGAUUGAGGGGAUUGCCAUUUUCUGCUGGAAAAGAUGAUAUAAUAGAGUUCUUUAAAGAUUUCGUGUUGUCUGAGGAUGCUAUUCAUAUAGUGUUGAAUUCAGAGGGGAGGCCAAGUGGGGAAGCAUUCGUGGAGUUUGCAAAUGCAGAAGAUUCUAAAGCUGCAAUGGCCAAGGAUAGGAUGACGCUUGGGAGCCGUUAUAUUGAGUUGUUCCCUUCGUUUCCUGAAGAGAUGGAUGAUGCAAUUUCGAGAGGACGGUGAUUUUUCUGACAAUGCUCUUAUUUGCUAUUCUAAACCUGUUAUGAUUUCUUACCAUGUUUCUCUUUCCAGCUGCAAUCUUCUGUUAGGCUUUUAUCUGAUAUGUCUAGUCUUUGAUCGUGGAUUGACGAAACUCAUCGGCUACAAGUCGAAUUUCGUCUGGACAGCUUAGGCCAAUUAGAUCAUAGUUUUGCUCUAUGGUAGCUGUAGAAUUAUUUACAUUUUGUUAGUCAAAACUUGUGAGAUGUACUCUUGUUGGG